AUGAGGAAAGAAGUAAAGAAUGUAAAGGCGGAGUUGGUUAAACUAUACUCGAAGCAUAUAGGAAAAUCACCUGAGCAGAUUGAAGCAGACAUAAGGCGUCCAAAGUAUUUCAGUCCCAGUGAAGCAGUUGAAUAUGGAAUUAUCGAUAAGGUUCUUUACAAUGAGAGGAGCAGUGGUGAUAGAGGAGUUGUUUCUGAUCUGAAAAAGGCACAACUUAUCUAA